UUUUUUUACAUUUUGAAAUCAAAUCGAACCGAAUUUUUCGGUUCCAUUGAGUUAUCUGAUUUAAUUAGGUUUUUUUAUCACUCUCCUUGUUAUGGAUAAAUAGGGCUAGGCAUCUCAAAUAAUGACAAAACAGCUCUGGUGAUUUUUAGGCAAUAUAUAAGAUUCUUGCACUUCCGCUUCUAUAUUAAGACUUUUACUCCCAUCGGACUAAACUCCAUUUGCAUAGUUUUUCAUAUUUGGCCGGCAAGUAUGGAUUUAUUGGUGUGAGAUCAGCAGACAAUCUCAAUCAAUAAUACAUAAAUAUAUCUCUUUUAAAAAUCUACAGAACAGACAAAUGCAAGAAAACUCCGAAGAUGCUCUUUGUUCUCAUUUUGUUGACUUGUCAUUAUUUUUUUCAUAUAGUGGCAUCUUUCUUCCUGCCUAUAUAUCUUUUCUUUUCCUAUUCAAGUUCCUCAUGAAACAACUUCAGAAAAACUAUCACUUCUAAAUCUCGACACCACCAUGGAACCCGUCUCGAGUUUUCUUGGAAAUCUUGACAUAAAUUUCUCAACCUCUAUUAUUCUUUUUGCCAUCAUUACACUUUCUUGGUACGCUUGGCUAUUACUCUCCAACUCAAAGAAACACAGCAAGCUGCCACCAGGUCCGUCACCCCUGCCGGUGAUUGGCAACCUGGCCUCUCUUGACCCGGAGCUUCACUCGUAUUUUGCUUCUCUAGCAGCUAAAUACGGUCCAAUCUUGAAACUCCAUCUUGGUUCCAAACUUGGCAUAGUAAUCACAUCCUCAUCUUUAGCCAAAGAAGUUCUUAAAGACCAUGACAUCACAUUUGCUAAUCGAGAUGUCCCUGACGUUGCCAAAGCUACCGCAUACGGUGGUUGUGAUAUUGUUUGGACACCCUAUGGACCAGAAUGGAGAAUGUUGAGAAAAGUUUGUGUCCUCAAAAUGCUCAGCAAUACCAGUUUAGACUCUGUCUACAGUCUUCGCCGUCACGAGGUCCGACAAACUGUGAGCUAUAUCCAUAGUCAGGCCGGAUCCCCGGUCAACUUUGGUGAGCAGGUUUUCUUAUCUAUACUUAAUGUCAUUACUAAUAUGUUAUGGGGAGAUACUGUACAGGGUGAAGAAAGGGCUAGCCUUGGAACUGAAUUUAGAAAAGUGGUGGGUGAGAUGACCGAGUUAUUAGGUAAGCCUAAUAUAUCAGAUUUUUUUCCAUCUUUGGGUCGGUUUGACUUGCAAGGUCUGCUAAAAAAGACAGAUAGAUUGUCUAAGCAGUUUGAUGAGAUAUUUGAGAGAAUGAUUGAAAAAAGUCUGAAGAUGGGUAAGUCAGGAGAAAAUGGUAAGCAGAGUAAAGAUUUCUUGCAGUUCUUGUUGAAAGUUAAGGAUGAGGGUGAUGCCAAGACUCCACUUACUAUGAUUCACCUCAAAGCACUGCUUAUGGAUAUGAUAGUGGGUGGUUCAGACACAUCAGCAAAUUCAAUUGAAUUUGCCAUGGCAGAAAUCAUGAACAAGCCAGAAGUAAUGAGAAAAGCUCAACAAGAAUUGGACACAGUAGUAGGCAAGAACAACAUAGUAGAAGAAUCACACAUACACCAAUUACCUUAUCUAUAUGCCAUCAUGAAAGAAUCACUGAGACUUCAUCCAGCACUGCCUCUAUUAGUCCCACACUGCCCUAGCGAAACAUGCGAUGUCGGAGGCUACACCAUUCCGAAGGGCGCUCGAGUUUUUGUGAAUGUUUGGCAGAUUCAUAGAGAUCCUUCAGUUUGGGAAAAUCCAUUGGAGUUCAAACCUGAAAGGUUCAUUGACAACAAAUGGGACUACAGCGGAAGUGAUUUCGGUUAUUUCCCGUUCGGGUCCGGAAGGAGAAUUUGUGCUGGUAUAGCAAUGGCGGAGCGGAUGUUUUUAUAUUCACUUGCUACAUUUUUACAUUCUUUUGACUGGAAACUGCCAGAAGGAAAGAAAAUGGAGCUCUCUGAGAAGUUUGGGAUUGUUUUGAAGUUGAAGAAUCCUCUUAUUGCUAUUCCAACACCAAGGUUGUCUGAUUCAUCACUUUAUGAGUGAGUCUGAAUUAAAGUAUUUUUUAGCUAAUGAUUGAGUUUGAGUAUGAACUCAAUAUUUUUCUAUUCAAUUUCUCACUUGGUCCAAGUACAAAUAUACUAAGCACAGCUUAUAGUCUGUAAUUGUCAAUAAUUCCCUGGAAGAUGUGUACUUCUGUAAGCUUGUAACAACAGUAAUGAAUUAUGGAUAUGCAUUAGAAUUGCCUAUUCUGGUGGAGAA